AUGGAUGCGCAUUUUGGAGAUGGUCACAAGCGAGGCUACCUCUAUAGCUACAACUAUAGUUUAUGCAAUUUUUAUGUUCACGAGGAAUGCAUCAACGUCAACAUUCCUUCGCAUCAUAAACACCCUCUCAAGUUCACAAGUGCGAGAAUAGCUCUGAUCUUUAACCAAAGUAAGGCCCACGAGGAUGAACUCCACCAGGUACCGAUAUAUCUCUCCUUUACUUGUGAUGCAUGUGUGUUGCGCAGUUCAGACCACCCUAUUCCAACAUUUGGGAUGGGAGAGAACUCGAUGGGAUAUCCGAAGAAGAUAAAGAUAAAGAAAGCAAGCCAAUGA